GGUAUGGAGACAUCAAGCAGAAACUUUCAGAAGUUCACCAAUUUCAGGAGAGUCGUGAUGUUUACAAUAGAAGGCAGAGUAACCAGUGUUUAAGGAUCCAGUAUUUGCUCAGUUUUUCAUGUGAAAAUCAACAUAAUGCAGAGAGCCGUUUAAAUAUUCAGAAUGGUUGUUUCUGUCGCUGUGAUUCCGAUUUGUUUCCCUGUUGAAAUCCUGAUCAUGAAGAACGUGUUAUAGUUUGUCUAGGCAAUGAGCAACAUUGCCACUAGAAGCUAAUUUCAAUAGCUAUUCAAUUCACUAAAUUGAGGUCUUUAAUUGUGGUAUUAGUAACUAAUAUUGUCCUAUUGAUCUCAUAGUCAACUGGCUGGCUUAAAUUACUAGUCAAUGUUUGCUAACCAUUUUCUCGUUCCUUUCCGAGAUCAUAGCAGCUUAAAGAUGUCUGUACGUUUACGAGCCGAAUUUAUGUCUUCACAAGAAAGGGGGAUAUUGACAUUCAUGUUUUAAUUCAGUAAUAAAUGCUUAAAACUUAGACACUGAGGCGUGAAGUUAAGUCAGCUGGCGACUCAAUCCUCAUCUGUUGCACCGGUAAUUCCAGUAAAACGUGUUUUUAACUACCGCUGUUAAUGAGCUCCAGCUGAUAUUGCUAACUGAAAUCAGUUAAGCUGACGAUUAUUCUGUUUCUUUGCUGAAAAAUUUGUCCGAGUUGCAUUUGCUAGUGGUUUUGAUUUGUGAAGGGGUCUUAUCUUUGAAACAAUGGAUGAAAGAUGCAGAAAAGAAAUUGUAGCAGAGGAGAAAAACAAUGUGGACAUAUUGAUUCAGUGCGUUAAUGAGGUUAGUAUUCUCGAGAAUACGGAAGUCAAUGCUGAUGUGCCAUCUAGUGGUGAAGUUGAAGCUUCACCAGAUGAAAUGGAAGCUACACCAGAUAGAAAACAUCAAGAACUUAUUGAUGUUGCUUCACCAACAAGGAGUGUAGGUAGUGCCUUAUCAGAAGAGAUGUCUGAAUGUCUCUGCUGGGGAUUUGGGGAGUUCGGUCAGAAUGGCAACCAAGAUGGUAAGGAUGUCGAAAUUGGCGCGGUUCUACCAGACUUCUCCACAAAUGGUCGUUACGGCAGAGUAAAACUGAUGUCUUGUGGAUCAAGUCAUACAGUUGUGGUUACAGAUUCCAAUGAAGUGUUUGCCUGGGGCAAUGGAAGUAGUGGUCAACUUGGUUGUGGGAAUAAGAAAUCCUUUGCUACCCCCCAAAAGGUGAAACUAGAUGCAGGGCAUGUAAUAACUGGCCUGGUAUGUGGUAGCCGACACACUGUGAUAGUAACACAGGAGGGAAAGUGCUUCAGUUUUGGUAACAAUUUCUAUGCUCAGCUUGGUUACAAUUUUCGUAUGAAGAAUUAUAAGGAAAACCAGGUUCUUCCUCAUCUGCUUCUACCGCUGGCUCAUCACGUUGUGAAAUCAGUGGCAUGUGGUGAAAAGCACACGUUAUUCUUGUUUGCAACUGGGCAGUUAGCGGUUUGUGGACAGAACAGUUAUGGUCAACUUGGAACAGCAGACAUGGAGGAAAUCCUGUCCCCAAAAAUUAAUGAAAAUAUUGAAGACGUCCAUCACAUAGCAUGCGGAGCUGGACACAGCAUUGCGGCAACAGGGUCAGGCGAACUUUAUGUUUGGGGUAACGGAAGAGCAUGCGGAAUGCGACGUCAAGAUGUCCAUCUUCCAAUGCGCAAGCUGACAUGCCAUGAUAACGUUAUAAUGGUGGCUGGUGGAAGUGGUCAUUCCAUGGCAUUAACAGUAUAUGGUGUUGAUGACCUGGUGUUACUAUCAUCAUUGAUGAAAAGCAGCUGCAAUAUGUAUACAUACAUUAAUGUACUUUUAUUUGAGCUUAUAAGCCAUCGGAUACUCGCACAUAGGGCUGAAACAUACUGCAAACUACUUCACAGUAUGUCAACAGUGCAAGCUGAGAUAUCUAACCAUUUCCGGCCGAGAAUGAUCAGCCUGUGCUUUGAACUGUCCACCGCGAGGUUCAGAACCUAAAUUGAAAACACUACGCCAAACCGCCUUCCCACAGUAAUCCUCUUUCUGCAUUAAAAUCUGUUACCCUAGAAUUGUAAUGUUAUUAUAACUAGACAAGGCUAACACAGGAUAGUCUGCAAUUUCUUUUGGCAGCUUCUGUCUGUGGUAG